AUGUUGAUGGCCUCUGCUGCAAGAAGCAGCACGCCGCAGCUUCUCCUAUUCCUUUACGCUGGCUGCGUCCUCCUUGUCAUGUCGAGUAAUGCUCCUUGGCAUGUCGCAGCAGCUGCCAACUCGCCGUUCUCCUUCAGCUUCGACUUCUCCACCAUAUCCACCUCCCGCUUAGAAGACCUCCAACUCGAGGGCGAUGCGGCCCAGCACGGGAAGCUAGUCGACCUGACCUGCUACUCCCUCACGCAGAGAAACCCCUACGGCGACUGCACGGGGGGGAUGGUGUACGCUCACCCGGUGCCCUUCUAUGACAGUAUCACCGGUGAGGUGUCGAGCUUCACCACGCAGUUCACCUUCGCGAUGGGGCUCAACUCCGCUGGCGGCAACGAGGGUGGCAUGGCUUUCUUCCUCUCCAGCUACCCUUCAAGAUUGCCGCCGGACUCAAGCGGCAGUGGGGGCAACCUUGGUCUCCCUGGUAAUGACGGCCUGAGCCAAGCCUAUGGCACAGACCGGUUCAUCGCCGUUGAGUUCGACACAUUGAGCAACACCUGGGAUCCAAGGGGCACCCAGGACCAUAUCGGCAUCGACAUCAACACUGUUAGUCAGUCGGUUAACACGACAGGCUUGCCCACCUUCAGCUUGAACGGCUCUAUGACGGCGUCCAUCACCUUUGACAGCAAUACCAAGAUGCUUGUCGCCUCCCUGCAGUUUGAUGACCGUCCUUCUGUCGGCCCUGUUGAGGUAAGCACCAUGUUGCCAGAUCCCGUCACGUCCUUGCUACCGUCGGAGGUGGCAAUUGGGUUUUCUGCGGCCACCGGUGAAUCCUUCCAGCUCCAUCAGAUACUGUCAUGGUCCUUCAACUCAACUCUUGCAACUCACGCAGGUUUUUCACAUCGUAGGUGGAGAUUCAAAAGCGAUUCCUUCGUGUUGGGAACAACCGGCCUUGGGCGAUUUGAGCACAGCGAGUUGGCCAGGGCAACGAACGAUUUCUCGGAGAAAAGCAAGCUUGGAGUCGGUGCCUUUGGUGCUGUAUAUAAGGGGUGUUACAAGGACAAGGAAGGCAGGCAAUUAGAAGUUGCUGUGAAAAAAAUAAAGCAGACUGAAGGAAGGGAUUUCAGCGGCGAACUCAAGACGAUUAGUGCAACGAGGCACAUGAAUCUAGUCGAGCUGAAAGGUUGGUGCUGCAGCCGAGACAACUCAGCCUGUAUCGGUUUCUGCUGUUGCGGUUGUCGGCAAAAGGUUAAACGUUUCCUUGUAUAUGAAUUGGUACCUAAUGGCGACCUGGAGUACCACCUGAAGAAUGUUCUACCAUGGGAGAAGAGGUACAAAAUAGCGAAGGGGAUAGGUUCUGCCAUAACUUAUCUCCACCACGGAUGCAAGAGGUGCAUCUUGCACAGAGAUAUCAAGCCAAGCAACAUACUCUUGGACGAUGAGUUCAACCCCAAGCUUGGUGACUUCGGGCUAUCGAGGAUCACUGGCAAGGAUAGUACCAUGCUGAUGACAACUGCUAUCGGGACGUUGGGGUACAUGGAUCCACAAUGCAUUAAAGAUGGGGAAGUAGAGUACAACUGUAGGUCCGACGUCUACAGCUUCGGAAUUGUUCUACUAGAGAUUGCAUGUGGAAAGAAGCCCAGGGAGCAAAUCCAGCUGGAGGAGCUGAGGAGCACCGGAACUGAAGCCCAGUUUGUGGAGAAUGUCGCUGAUGACAAAUUAAAUGGAGACUACAAUAGGACAGAGAUGCAGCGCCUGAUUUUCCUGGGACUCAGGUGCUCCCACCCAGUUGGGCAACAACGUCCUUACAUGAAGGAUGCAAUGAAAUACCUGGAGGAUGGCAUAGAGUUGCCUGCUAUAACUGAAAGACAGAGCCACCAGGGUGCAUAUGGCACUAUUUGCUCUGACGAGCAGGCACUUAUGUCACCUGGUGCUGUCUCUUCCUUUGAUCAGUUCGACGGCACGAAUGGGAGCCGCCACCUCCAGGUCAAAGGCGACGGCGCCGUCGGACCUCGCCCCAUCCGGCCGUCCCUCUCCAAUCUCCAUCGCCACCUUGAUCUCUCCUACCGCGCCAUUGUCACCUUGCUCUUGUCCAAGCUGGAGGAGCACGAGUACGCUGGUGACGCAGAUCAAGCAGCAGGGACGCAACCUGCACGCCGUCGGUCCCGCCUCCCCUGGUUCCUUGCCGAGCGCCACGAAGAGGAAGGGACUAAGAGAAUGGUGAAGGGGAAGGGGAAUGAGAAGGAAAAUGCGAUUGGGAAGGAGAAGGAGAAGGGCAAGAUGAAGGCAAAGGAGAAGAGCUUAAGUUACUUAAUUAGGCAAGAAUCGCCGCUGCCUCCGCCGGUUCGGAAGAAGGGCAAGCCGCCGAAGCUGAUUAAGAAGGCGAAAGACUAUACCAAUGCCCCAAUCGCAGAUUUGAUUUGUAGGGUAAAAAAACACCCUCCGCUGCCUCCACGUCUCCCCAACCGCACCGGCGCUGGCGUGCGUGCUGCGGAAGCUGCUGCCUCCGGCUCCGCAACCAACUCCGAGAUGGCUCAUGCAUCUACUAUGAUUGAGAACAAAAUCAUGUCCGUCACACUCGACAAUGCUUCUAACAAUGAUGGUGCCGUUGAUGCUUUGAAGGCAAAGUUCUUGGUUCGUAGAGGUGCGGACUUCGAUGCCCAAUAUUUCCAUGUCUGUUGUUUUGCACACAUCCUCAAUUUGGUGGUGCAAGAUGGGACAGAGGUCUUGGACCCUUUGAUAAAGAGCUUGAGACAGACGGUGAAAUAUUUCAAGAGGUCACCUUCUCGUCUCAAAGCAUUUGUGGACACUUGCAAAAGCUUAGGUGUCACGGUUGGCAGCUUAUAUCCUACUUCAAACACCUUCUACUUACACAUUGUUGGCGUCAAGGUUGCAAUCAAAGAGGCAAUGAAAAGUACAAGUGAACACUAUAGGGUAAUGGCCGAAGAAAUGUUGGAGAAGUUUGACAAAUAUUGGGAAGAAAAGAACAACGCCAUGGUGAUUGCUACCGUGUUUGAUCCAAGGUACAAGAUGAAUUACAUAGAGUGGGCCUUUGGAGAACUUUAUGGACCGAUGAGAUGUAAACAUGAGUUCGACCUUGUAAUGGAAGAGUUGGAGACCUUGUAUGACAAAUGUGUGGCCCAAGAUAAUAGAGGUGGAGCAAAACCGAGGGAGGAUGAGGAGGAUGAGGAUGUUGAGACCAUAAAGCUACCCUCCUAA